UUAUAAUAGGUUAAAUCGUAAUUAUCACAAACCUUGCCUUUGAUUAUUACUGACUGUAAACAUAGAGACUAAAAAAUUAGUCCAUGAAUAAAGAAGAGAUCGACUUACUUUUUGUGUACGUGUGAUUAGUGCGUAAUGUGGAAAGACGAGCUUCUCUUUUACUCAUCCUGUCAUUCUCAAAAGCUGCUAAUGACAAGGUGAGUCAGUGGUGGCUUCUAUAAGGAAAUUCUCAUUGAUAAAAAUUGCGAUGCAAUCUAAUUCCUUAAUUAGAACGUUAGAAAUAGGUGGAGUAAAAUGAAAGGGGGAUUAACAAUUUGUCAUAAUUACUAACGGAGUGAUGAAGGACAGGUGCGUAUGUAUAAAUUGGAGGGUUAAACAAAUGAAAUCAGUGUACAGUCUUAUUUUAAAAGAAGAACACAAUGAACUCCUUCGUCGUUGCAUUCGCUUGCUUGGUCGCUUGCGCUAGCGCCAAACCCUCCGGUUUAUGGGCUCAUGGUCACGACCACCUCCCCUUAAUCGGAGCUUCAGGUGUUGUUUCUAGUCACGGAGCUGCUGGACCAGCUGGCAUCGUCACCGGUCACGGAGCCAUUGGACCGCACGGAAUUCACAGCGGAAUUGGACAUGUCGCCCAUGUAGGCCAUGUGCUCGCCCACGGACACGACGAUGGACAAUGGCACGGAGAAGGCCUUUUGGAAUCACAAGACUGGGCUGGUCACGGCGCACACGUUAUCGGUGCCCAUGGUAUCGCAGUUGGACACGGGCUUGCUCUUGGACACGGACUUGCCCACGGUCACGGUGCCGUAGUUGCCGGCCCAGCUGGCGCCAUCGUCGCCCAUGCACAUCCAGGUGUUGUGAUUGGUCACCAUCAUGGUCACUGGUAAACCUACAAGGAACCAGCAAAGAAUCAUUACACAUGUGUAAAUUAAUCAUUUUAUUUAAUGCAUUUUGUAAAUUUAUAAAAAAAAGUAUACGACACAAGAUUGACAC